GAGCACAAAUAUGCAGCACCUUGUCUUGGUCUCUCCAUACUCGAGUCUCGUCUUGAGUUCUGGUCCACCCGGGUGGCUGAUUAUAACAACCAGACCAUCCCCUGCAAUUCUCAGACAUUCCUCGCCUAGGGGCCAUCCCUCGUGUGAUAUGCAUACUCGGUGGCAGUUACGCAUGGAGCCAAUCAGAGUCCCGGUAAGACACCGAAUGUGGCCCGGUGUGUUGUGGACGGUUCGGUGGGCAUCGGAUGCUGCAUGGCCUCGACGGCUCUCGCAGGAAUGGUAGAUUGCCUGCUGGCGACUUCCGUCUCGGACGGAAUGCAUAAUGGACAGAAAGGGUUUGACCUUGGGUCUCUGCAUUACUCGGUUUUGCUCAACGAAGCAGCAAACGCUCUCUGGAAACAUCGCGUUGGUGUGUCGUUUACAACAAGCGAGGAGUCUGCCGGCUUGGCCUACUUGGAUCACGAGAUCUUCAUGAUUGCUCUUUCCGGCCACCUGCUUGAAUAUGCGGAAAGGGAAAACAAGAUUUUCUGCAGCGUCAAUAAAUCUGCGCAGGGGACGAAGAAGCGAGGAAAAGGGGCACCGUCAUGCGGGGAAGCCGAUCGGAAGAGCCUCAACAACGUCCCUGCACCCACAGACUUCUUCGUCGGCGUCCGUCUUCUGGCUAGAAAACAGGGUCGACGGGGAAGACUAGUCCUGCACUUCUGCAGCUGGCAAUCGCUUGACCACCUUAGUAGCCGAGAGGGUCCUAGUGAAAAAGCAAGGCGGGAAAAGAUUUGGUGUGGGAACCUUUUCUCUGGAAUGUGUCGACCUCCUCGUUGUCUCGCUUCCACGGUGACAACGAACUUCUCGGUGAACUGAUGGCGCCACAAUUAGCGUAGAGGUCCUUCUCGGCCUGCGUUUGCUGCAGCAAACUUGCGAGGGCCGGCCUAGAAUACUCACCUUCUC